AUGUUCAAGAAUCUAAAAGAAAAACAUGGCCACUUUUUCGAGUCAAAAGAGGCCAAUGCACCCACCCCGAGCGAACGCGGUCAAGAUCUGACGUCAAUACUGGACCGGUCGCAACGGGCUGACCUCACAGUACUCGUCGCGGAGAUUGUAGAGUCGAUGAGAAUUAAGAUUGUCGAAACUUUCGAAAACUCCGAAGAAAGCUUGGAUAAAAGCCCAACCCUCAACCCAACAGAAGAGGAUGGCGAUGCAGGACCACCGCUCCCUGCUAGGCCGGGUAGUUCUUCCGAGGCGGAUAAUAGCCCGCAAUCUUCCAGAUCUGACAUGAAGAAAAAUUCAUUAAGAGAAAGAGCUAAGAAAAUGGCGCUCACUCAUUUUGACGAUUGGAGGGAUACCGUGCUGCUGCGGAUCGGCGAGGUGGUCAACAAAGAUGACGAGAAUCAGACACCGCAAGAGAAAGAUGCGGUCAUUGCAUCUGAUGAUCUUCCUUUGGGUGAAGAUACUCAGCGGAUGGAAAAACUCGCGGAAUUUUAUCACCCUGUGGAAACACCAUUGGCGCAGCUACCUAAAGCGAAGAGGCUGCUUAUCCUGCACUCUCUUCUUUUAUUAUUGCUCAGUCUUGAGCAUUAUAAUGCCUAUUCGCGUGUUCUUAUGCUCCAUAGCGCGUCCAGCCUUGAUAUAGACAUCAAAGUGUUGAAUGAAGAUGAAGUCAAGGUAGCACGUGGGCUUCUCGAUAACGCCUUGGCACUCUCAGACCCAGAAGCGAAACAGCCGGCCAAGAAAGACGGUUCCCGCAAAUGGAAAGUCGGUAUGGCAUCCGUUGCCGGUGCCGCUCUGAUUGGUAUUACUGGUGGUCUGGCUGCUCCAUUGGUCGCUGCAGGUAUCGGAACUAUGAUGGGUGGACUUGGACUGGGUGCGACUGCUGCGGCUGGGUACCUCGGUGUUCUGGCCAGUAGCGGUGUGGUGGUUGGUGGACUGUUCGGAGCGUAUGGAGGACGCAUGACUGGUCGGAUGAUGGACAAGUAUGCGAAGGAGGUUGAAGACUUUGCUUUCAUUCCUAUCCGAGGCUCAAGGAAGCGCACCGUGAAGGAGAGUGAUGCUGCUCGACAGGAUCAUCGGCUGCGAGUUACCAUUGGUGUUACUGGCUGGGUGAGAGAUGAAUCCAACUUUGUGGUUCCAUGGCGAGUCAUUGGGGCUGAUUCGGAGGUCUUUGCCCUGCGCUGGGAGACGGAAUCUCUGAUGAAACUCGGGAACGCUAUCUCGUCGCUGGUAACUAGUGCGGCGUGGUCGGUUGCGGGAAAGGAAGUUUUGUCUCGGACCAUUUUCUCGUCCAUCAUGAGCGCGGUUAUGCUUCCUCUCGGCCUCAUCAAGGUUGCUGGGGUCGUUGAUAACCCAUUCAGCGUUGCGAAGUCCCGAGCCGACAAGGCAGGUGAAGUCCUAGCAGAUGCCUUGAUCAGCAAAGUCCAGGGAGAGCGACCUGUCACUCUGAUUGGAUACUCCUUAGGAUCACGCCUAAUUUUUUCCUGCCUCCAGAAUCUGGCUAAGAGAGAAGCCCACGGUCUUGUUGAAUCUGUCAUCCUAAUGGGAUCACCAACUCCCUCUGAUACCGAGUACUGGCGUCGCAUUCGCAGCGUAGUUAGCGGCCGAGUAAUCAACGUCUACUCCGAAAAUGACUCUGUCCUAGCCUUCCUCUACCGCACAAGCAGUCUCCAACUUGGAAUUGCCGGGCUCCAAAAAGUCAAAAAUGUUCCCGGUGUUGAGAACGUCAAUGUGAGCGAAAUGAUCAGCGGCCAUCUUCGGUACCAGUUCCUACUUGGCAAGAUCAUUUCGUCCAUUGGACUCCAGGACAUCGAUAUCAGUGAAGUGAAACGCGAAGAAGCUGCUUUGGAAGUUGAGGACAAGAAGAAGGAGGAAGAGCUUGCCCAUAACGAGCGCGAAGCCGGAGUGACAGAUCGGGAUUCAUCUGUUGCGCGCGAUACCCUGAACAGCCAAGAUGGGUUUGGGGAGGAGGCGCGGAUGCAAAAGCAGGUUCAAACGCAGACAGAGGACCAUAUGACUAGCCAUCGAAUUCGAAAGCUGGAUUUGGAUGAUGCAGACUACUCUUCGCCGUUGGCGGAUCAACCAGGGAAGCACUCUGCUCUGUGA